AUGGCUGCGUUGGUUCAAACGAUUCCCCAACAGAGUGGCACGGUUCCUGUGCUCCAGACGCGUCCUUCCUCAUCUUCGGGCACCUUCGCCUCCCCCUCCACCCAGGCUUCGGGCUCUCGCUUCCAGACCAUGUCGUGGAGCUCCUUCAAUGCUGGCAAUUCGGGGAGCUACCGAACAGGCCACCCGGUUGUGGCUCCCUACGCCUAUGCCCCCAAUGCUCAACACCGGCAGUCAUGGUCUCCUCAUCUCCGUCCAGAGCACCGCACAUUCUCCGCCCCCUCUAUCCCUCAGGGUCCCAUGAAUCCGACCUAUUCUGGUAACAACUUACGCGUCGUCCAUCCUGCAGCUGGUUCUGUAUCGAAUUCCUCUUCCUCCACUUCCUCCUUCCGCUCCCAUGUUUCCAAAGACGACAGUGCCAUUCCCUCCCGCCAACUGAGGGCCGAGCAGCCCCUUAGGCCACUUUCUACAGCCAAUCUCCCUCCUUCGAACAUCAUGAACAUCUCCUCCCCGUCCGGCUCAGCUAAGCCCUCCCCAAAUCGCUAUCGUCGUGCGAACCAACAACGAACAGAGGGAUCUCAUUCCCAAUCGCCGGCUGCGGCCCCUUUAGGAGAAGAUCAGCCGGUUCCCGCCGCAGUUCCCCGACCCAUUCUCCGCCAUAAUGGACACAGUCGAGUCUCCAGCGUGGAUGAUUCCUCUCAUUUGGAGAGACCUCAACCAGAACUUGCUAAACGCUACCGCCGCCGGAGUUUGGGAACAAUGGAUCCAUCUGCAUACCCCAGCCUCGAGCUGCAGUUGCCAGGCUCCUCAUCCACUCAAUCAGGUCCAUAUGACUUCAUUGCAUUUGAUUCCAACCAACGGCCGCGCUCGUCUCACUCGCACCGAGAUAGUUCUGUCAGUGUGCAUUCCGCACAUUCAUCAACUUCUUCGGUAAGCCCGUCACUCACAGCCGACCCAGGGUCGCUUUACAAUUUUGCAAGGAGUGAAUUUAAGCUAAUUUCUCCCGACAUCUAUUUUUCACAGGUACGAGACGGAGCUUCGCCCGAUUCAAAUACUGCAGCUACCAUGACCGGCAAGCCCGAUGAGAAGCGAACAAGCAAACCUUCCCCUUUAUCUCAACCGGCCUCCUCGCCUGAAACCGCUACCGUUGGACUCGAAACGGACAACCAAGCCGCCAUGGCUUCGUCUUCUCCGAAUGACUCGCCUGCAGCAAGGCGGUUGACUGAACUGAAAAAUGAAUCUUCGAAGCGCUCGGGCAAGUCACGCUUGCGUCGCGCCUUCUCGUUCGGCAGUGCAUCGGAGAUUCUAAAAGCAUCCCCCCAGAGCAAUGCCAGCAAGCGGGAGGCGGCGGCAGCGGAGAAGGCUCGCCGGGACGCCUUGCGAGAGGAACUUGGUGAAGAACAGGCCGCCAUUGCGGAGCUACAAGAAGCCAGUGGAUUGGGCGAAAGCAUUUAUUCUCAUCAGGGAAACUUCUUCAGCGGAUCUACCGAUGCCCUGUCUGUCUCAUCUACCGCCUCUUCAGCUUCAAUGAUGCUCCGCAAGAUGGGCCGGGGGAUGAAGCGAGGCAGUCGAUCUCUCGUCGGACUUUUCCGUCCCAAGUCAAUUGCCAGCAUCAACUCUGUGGAAGGGGCUACCCCAGAGCAGCCUAUGGCUGCCCCCAAGAUUUCAGUGGUCAAUGUCGAAGGAGAGCGAGCGGAUGCAGAAAGCGUAACGGUUAAUCCCGACGCCCACGACAUGCCUCGUGGGGCAACAGUGUUUCCCAAGGCAGAAAAUGGGUCUGAACCUCGACGGUCCGCGUCCAUCCGUGAACACAACCACGCCCGGCUUCGCAAUGUCUCAGAGACCUCUGAAUCGCGGAAGAGCAUCGUUGGUGGGGAUCAGGAGCGCGCGGAGGUUCUCGCGGCUGUCCGGAAGGGCAUUCUCAAGAAGACCCAUUCGGAUCUCGGCGUCUCAUCAGCACAUCCAAUGAACGGCAGUGACUCCCCUCAUUCCAGUGCUCCUACCACCCCCGAUGAAUCUUCUCGAGCUGCUCGCCCCAACGACCACGUGAAGAUUGCUGGAGAAGAUUACUUUCUAUCGGAGGGCGGUCGGUACUCAAGUAGUGAGGCCAAGAGUGCUCCUAUCACUCCUCAGCCUGUCGGACGAAAUAUUGUCUUCAGUCCGCGCAUCCAAUUCCAUGAGACCUGGCCGAGUGGCGAGUAUGAUCGUCGCGGUGAGAUUGCAACUUGCAACCGCUUGACUCCUCUGCUUGCCCAGCAAAUCCGGGAGGAGAUCAACAACUUCAAAAUGGAGAUGGAAGUUCAUGAGAACUCGAAGAUUUACACACACUUCAUUUAA